AUGUUGUAUGAGACAUUUAGAGUAUAUGGUAAAAUGCUAGAGAUAAAAAUCAAAAAGGAAUAUUAUGAAUAAUAGAGUGCUAUUAUUGAAUUUGCAGAUUCAAUAUCAGUUAAUUACAUUUAACUAGAAUAGAAAGAAUUUAAAAUUAAUAAUCACAUCCUAAAAGUUUCACUUCAUGAUUAUUAAAACUAAGAUGAAUUUAGAACAGCUAAUGUAUUUGUAAAUAACAUUCCAUCAGAUAUUUCCUAAGAAUAAUUGUCUAUCUUUUUUGAAUAAUUUGGACCAGUUUUCAAUUGUAAAAUAAAGAAAUAAAAUUAUUUGAACCAAAAACCUUAAUUGUAUUUGAUACCUUAAGAGUAGUUCUGGUUUUGUGAAGUACAAGAAUCCUUAGAUUACUAUAGAUUUGAUGGAAGUUUACUUAAGGUAGCCAUUAAAAAUAAAUGGAAAAAUUCUAAUCAUUUAACCUUUUAAAGAUAAAUCUUAACCAAGAGUGCCAAUAUAAAUGAUAAUCUAAGGAUUCUGUAGAAAAUUGAAUUAGGCAGAAUCUUAAUUAACAUGGGAAUUAUUAAUAGUAGAUUAUUUCAAUUCUAGAAAAUUACAAAUGAAAAUUGUUUUGUCAAAAUGUAAAACGAUUAACCAUAUAUAAUUUUAGUAUUUCCAACAUUAAGUGACACAAUUAAAUUUAUGAAAUUAGCAAAUUUAUUUAAAUGGCAUCCUUGUUUUAAUAAGAUUUUAAUCGUAUUCCAACAAUAUAUAAAAAUUAUUCUGUUGAUUUAUCUAAUUCUUAAACAUUUCAACAAUUUCAUUAAUAACAUUAAAUGA